AUGUCAUCAAACAGACACUUGAUUCAACUGGCGCAGAUGCCACAGCAGGCAGGCGUUUGUGCUCCUGAAGAUGACUGGACGGGCGUCACUGAUCCGGCGGAACGGAGGAAGUUACAGAACCGCCUAAAUCAGCGGACCUAUCGGCUACGACGACAGCUCGAUCGCAAUAAAGUUGACCAGUCGCAGGAAGAACGCGGUGGCCCUUCUACGUCUGUCUCAUCACAUCGAAAUAUUCGCGCAAUCCAAAGUGACAAGUCUGACAAUGAGUUCGUGUGCACGCUCGCCCCACCAAACACUGGUUCCUUGAUGCGCGAUCUGGAGCGCUUGACCCUUGGAAGCUAUCUACAAAGCUCCCCCAACAUAGAUCAUCUCCUGGCUCUUUCCAAACUCAACAUUCAGCGCGCGAUCAUCGAUAACACACGCCUAAUGGGCAUGACCAUGGACUGGAUGAAGGCGGAUGAUGCUCUCUCCAUAUUCAACAUGCAGAUCCCUGGCUUUUCAGAACUCCAUAUCCCACCUAGUCUGCGCCCGACAGAAGUCCAACGGCGGAUACCUCAUCAUCCAUGGCUGGAUUUUUUUCCUUUUCCAAACCUGAGGGAUAAUCUUAUCGCUGUUCAAGAUGAGAUUGACGAUGACGAGCUUUGCCAUGAUCUCAUGGCGUUCUGGGAUACGCGUAAUACAGAGGCGACAUUACUCGUAUGGGGAUUGUCUCAUGAGCCGCGGAACUGGGAAGUAACAGAAGCGUUCGCGAGGAAAUGGGGCUUUCUCCUCGUGGGCUGCCAGGAGCUGCUAAGAAGCAGUAACUAUUGGAGGGUGAAGAGAGGAGAGCGGCCGUUGAUUUGGAAGCAAUAUGUCAGCCACCAAAUAAAUAUUUGA